AUGGAUUCAUCGGCGAAAAUCCCGGUGUCCCACACGUUAUGGUCUCCACAUGACACCGUCAAGGAUGCUGCCGAGUUCUUGGGUGUUAAUCUUCCUGAUGAAGCCGCCAAGAAUCUCGCGAUGGAUGUUGAAUACCGUAUCCAUGAAAUCCUCGAAACAGCUAUUAAGUUCAUGCGUCAUUCCAAGCGGAAGCUUUUAAUGACAAGUGACAUAAACUACGCUUUGCAAGAGCUCAAUAUUGAACCGCUUUAUGGGUACGACAACUUGCAACCACUCACAUUCAAGGAAACACUUGUGGGGGCUGGUGGUCAACUGUUAUAUUAUAUUGAUGACCAUGAAAUUGAAUUCGAAAAAUUGAUCAACCAGGAGCUUCCAAAAGUUCCUCGCCAAGCGACGUUCACCGCCCAUUGGCUUGCAAUUGAAGGGGUACAACCAAUGGUUCCCCAAAACCCGUUGCCCCUGGAAAUCAAACUGUUACCCCCGAUAAUCCGCGGGGCAACACUGCUGUAUCUCGGUGGCGACAUUCUCCAGCUUGGUACUGGAAACACGAGUGAUGACAAAACGAAGGAGUCUACUGGCGUCGAUGGUAAGCCUGGAGCUGCCAAAGACAAAAAGCUGGCCGAGAAGGAAAUGCAAAUCAAACCUAAGGUUAAACAUGUUCUCUCGAAAGAACUCAAAUUGUACUUCGACAAAGUGGCUGAAGUUCUUAUCCUGCUGGACCCAGAACAAGAUAAUUUGAAACAGGCUGCUAUCAACUCGUUACGCAACGACACAGGACUCCAUCAAUUGGUGCCAUACUUCAUUCAGUUUGUGGCCGAACAGAUCACCAAUCAAUUGGGAAAUAUCGAGGUGCUUUCAACCAUGUUGGAAGUUAUUUUGGCUCUCACUACAAACAAGACGAUCUUUUUAGAUCCCUACGUUCACGCUCUUAUGCCGUGUAUUCUUACCCUUUUGUUGGCGAAGCGUAUUGGUGCUCAAAUCAAUGAUACCACCUCACCCGAGCAACAACAACUUCUUAAGAACCAGCUUGAAGUGCGGAAGUUCGCUCUGGCUUUGCUUCAACACAUCAUCAGUGUUUACGGGUCGCUGUACUCCACGUUGCGCCCUCGUGUCACUCGGACGUUGUUACGGGCAUUGCUUGACAGUAGCAAGCCAAUCGGAACUCACUAUGGUACGCUUUUAGGUCUUCUGAAUAUGGGACCUGAGGUCAUUAAGUUGACCGUGGUUGGAAACCUUAAAGUGUGGUACAAGGGGGUGGUUGAAGUGGAUAACAAACUGGAGUUUGAGCGUGAGAUUCUUGUACUGGCAGUGAUGGAUGCGUUGCGUAAGCUCAAGGUGUCCCUGGAUGGUAAUGCCAUGGAUGAAGACCUUAGCGACGAAAUUAAGGAAAAAUUGAAAGAUCGUCUUGGACAUCAACUCGCCGAGAAAGUGUUGGAAUUACCCGAUGGUAAAGAGAUUUGGUUGAAGGAACUCAACGACGACACCCGUAUUGCGAAGUUGUCGAUUCCCGGCACGCACAACUCGGCGGCAUGUCACACAGCCUUACCCUCAGUUCAAUGCCAAGGGGCGUCGCUUACCGACCAAUUGAAUAAUGGUGUUCGAUUCUUUGACUUCAGAGUUGGCCGUGCUUUGAUGAAGGAUGGCAACGAAUUGAUGGUUGUCCAUGGGAAGUUUCCUGUUAAGAUUCCUUUCCCUCUUAAAUUUGCUGACGCGUUGGACGAAGUUUACAAUUUUUUGAACAGCAAUCCCAGUGAAUCGGUUAUCGUGUCAAUUAAGCAAGAAGGCACCGGUGAGUGGGACAAUCAAAACGAUGAAUUUGGCAACCUCAUUUGGGAUCACUACGUGAACCCUAACAAGGACAAGUGGUUCUUGAAUACCUCGCUUCCGACCGUUGGUGAGACCAGAGGUAAAGCGAUCUUGUUCCGUCGUUUUGGCGUUCAAAACGAACAACGGCGCCAGGAAUUCGGGAUCCCAGCGCUGUCAUGGACUUACAACUCCGUCGAUGAUGACCGGGGUGAAUUCUGCGUGCAAGACUAUUGUGAAGUGCAAAACAAGGACGAUAUGGCUAAGAAGAUUGAUUGUGUCAAGAAUAUGAUCAAUAAAGCCGCUGACUAUAACUCGACCCAUGACGAUAAGUUGUUUUUGAACUUUACCUCAGGUUCCAAUUUCUUUGACCCUCUGGUGUGGCCUCAACCUUGUGCUCAAGCUAUGAUUGAUGGUCACAUUGAUCUGGACUUCAAGAAGGGAUCCGGUAUUGUCGUUUUGGAUUAUGCCGAAAAGGAUAACUGGAAGUUAACUCAUGAAUUGAUUGACACUAACUUUUAA